AUGGGUAUACAAAGUAAAACCCAAAAAAUUCUAAUGGAGCUGAUAGAGAACCAGCUCGGGAAAAGUGCACCAGGGAGACCUGCCCAAUCUCAAAUUCCUCCUCCUCCCACUAAGUCUCCUCCUCCUGCUCUUCACCAACCUCCUCAACUUGUCAGAGUUGAAGCUGCUGACUUGAAAAGACUGGAUGAGAUGUCCAAUAACUGUCAUCAACAGUUAGAGGAUGAAAGGAAGAGACGGACAUCUACCGUACAAACGCUGACCAUAUCAGAGCAUAACCUGGCCGAGGCAAGGAAAAAAUUAACUACUGAGGAGCAAGCUCGCCGCAGCGCUGAUUCUGCCUUGGAAGGUGCACAAAGGCAAGCCGAGGAUCAAGGGAAGCGCCUACGCAAUGCAAAUGAAGAGUUGAAGGCUGCCAAGGAGCAAAUGGCAGUUCUUAAAAAGCAGCUGGAGGAAGCCCAAAGAUUGAAGGAUCAUGCUCAGAAAUCCAGGGAGGAGGCCGAGAAGGCAAAGGUUGAGGCUAAGCAGGCAACGAACGUGGCCGAACAGAAAGGCUACGACCUCGAGGUUGCUGAGACCGAGGAAACCCUUAAGGCAGAGGUCCCUGUGGUGUGCCGCAUUUACUGCGCCCAAACUUGGGAUGAAGCCCUUAACCGAGUCGGGGUUGAGGCUUCAUCUGAGUUGAGGAAGGCAGAGAAUGUGUUCUACCUUCUUGCAAUCCGAGUCUCAGAUCCUCCUUCCACUCAAGUUGAAGUGACUUCCAUUCCUACUGAUCCAAAUCCAGAAGUACUGCUUCAGGAACCUCCUCCUCCUAGCCAACAAGAACCAGCCAAAGAGACCAGUGCUUCACUAGAAACAUCCCUGGAUAAAGCUGCAGCUGUUCCGGAGGCAGAGGUUGCUUUUCAAGGCUUUCAGCAAGAUUUGGCUUCUACAGUCAUGCCAGCUGAGGGAGCUGCUAAGGACAAAGAGAGAGUAACUACCUCUGAGGCAGAUAAACCUGCCAACCAAACUUCCAAGCUUCAAAUUAAGUUGAAAAAAUAG